GUUUCGUCCGUCUCAAUACCGCUCCUUGCAGCCCUGCGCAUUGCGUCAGCCAGAACCUACACAUAUAGAAACCAUGCUGCUGAGCCCACAACUUCUCCUCUCAGGAGUCAGCCUGCUGGCCACCGUCACCACGGCAUCACGACUCCCACACGCCGCCGACAUGUCGUCAUCACAAAACCCACAACUCGCAGCGCGAGAGCCGCGGUCGCAGCCGCAGCAGAGCGAUCAAGGGCCGACGGUCCCAACCCCAAUCAUCUGCACCGAGACCAACAACACCGAGAGCAACAGCACCACAAAGACCUGGGCGCAGGUGCUCUCGCGGUUCCCGCCAGGCUCCCUGUCGGCCACGACGGCGCUGCCGGUGCCCGGGCUGACGGUCGACUUCCGGCUCAAGGUGGACCUGAACCCCAAGAUCGGGCUGGGCGAGGGGCCCUGGGGGCUGCGCAACUGGGUCAGCUUCAAGGGCGGCGAGUGGAGCGCGUCCUGGGGCGGCGGCGCCGUCGAGGCGGGCGGGCAGGACGCGCAGCUGCUGAUCGAGACCAAGGCCACGUACGUCGACACGCGCUACCUGCUCAUCACGGAAGACGAGACGCCGGCGCACAUCAUGGUGCAGACCACGGGCUGGCGCACGGGGCCGCCCGACGUGCUGGAGCGGCUGUUGGACCCGGUCGAGGGCGACAAGGUGCCGGCGAGCGACUACAGGUUCCGGCUGUUCAUCCGGCUCGAGACGGGGGAUCCGCGGUAUUACUGGGUCAACGAAGGCAUGUGGUUGGGCAGCGGCAUCAGGAGGGGGUCCGAGGUGAUUUAUGACGGAUAUCGUGUGCUGUAGAUGUAUUUUGUGUUAGUCUGAUGUGUACAUCAGUGCAUCCACCUACCAAUUACCUCUCCCGCCUUACUUAGUACAGCAGGCGGUGAGGCCCCGCCGCCAACACCCCCGGCAGAAACACCUCAACCCCCUG